GCCUUUCAGAUUAGGUCUUUAAUGCCAUUGCACACCUAAAGAUCUGAUUCUCAUCAGAUUUUUGUUUGUAAAAUAGUUCAAGCUCAGUCAGUUUGGAUGCAGAGCUUGUUGUGAAAGCAUUCUGACUUGAAUUUAUGUCUGGACUUUGACUUGGCCAUUCUAGCUUAUGAAUAUGAUUUGAUCUAAAACUUUGUAGCUUUGGUGUUAUGUUUAGGUCCUGCUGAAAGGUGAAACUCCUUCCUGGUCCUCUGGAGCUUUCUGACAGUUUUUUCUCCAGGGAUCUUCUAUAUUUAGCUCCGAGCAUUUUGCAUUCAACUCUGUCAAGCUUUAAUUUCGCACACUCUCUCCAGUUUGGGUUGAUAUGUGACAUUCAAAGCUUAAGAUGUAUAUAGUAUAUAGUGCAUAAUUCACAUAGCUUGUGUAUAGUCUUACCCUAAUUUUAACUUGCUCAAAUCUUUUACUGUGACCUUCCUCUUUCUUUGUGAUGCCAUUUGUUGACUAAUAUGAAAUUAGACCCAAUCAAUCUGACACCCAAACCUAAAAUCACGUAGUACAAAUGUUUUUAUUUGCAGCUGGUUUAAUUGCCAUGUAUGUAUUUUUCUAUUCUCUUCACAAUUUUGGAGUAUUUAGUGUCGAUCUGUCAAAUAAAACACAGUGAAUGAUUUUUGAAGGCACAUGCCUGACAUUCCUCCAGUUUUCUCAAGUUCCAGCUUGUUGAAACUCCUGCACAGUAAAUCUCCUGGGUGCCUUUUGCCACUGGUGCACUUUGUGUCGUUGGGCCUGGCUCUGCUUUCCUGUCAACAGCUAAUCUCUGAUUUUGUUUUUUCACAAUCAGUAGCGAAGGUGGAGGAUUCAAAAGUGCACAAACUGGCAGACGAAUUAGGGGAGAUGCCGACAGGAAGCCUUCCAAAACUUUCAUUCUUAUUAAAUACAGACAAGCAAGUCAAGAACGGAGGAACUUCAUUUGACACAGAGGACUGUAGUGAAGCCAAUAAUGCUGUUUUAUGUUGGCGUCCAUCAUAUUAAAUAUCCAUUAUCACAAUGUCUGAACUCUAAACAGGGAUAGAUAAAAGUAGGUUUUAUCUUCCAUGGAUUACAAAGGUUAGGCUUGGCAAAGGGCUGGGCAUGCAGGUACGCUCUGCAACAUUUACACCACUUUCCCCUUUGCACAGUCUAAGGCGUGCUGUGAGUUUGAGUUGCCUGCCAGGCGGCCGACGCUGCAGACUUUGACUGUAAACAGACAUUACAAAAACAAGAAGACUGUUAAGAUAAGCGUAUUUUUUUCUGCUGCUGCCCGUUUUUGCGCGCUUUAACCAUGUGGUUUUAUAAUUUUUUGCUGAGCUUUGACCUGAAGGGGCUUUUUUUGUUUGUUUUAUCAUUUCUUCUGAUAGCUGAUUACCUGAAGAACAGGAAACCAUCAAACUUUCCUCCAGGACCAAGAGCUCUUCCCUUCGUGGGAAAUAUCUUGACUUUGGACAGCAAGCAUCCACACGUUUAUUUCACCAAGCUGGCUGACCUCUAUGGCAGCGUCUUCAGAGUCCGCCUCGGCUGGGAUACGUUGGUGAUUGUGAGCGGCCACAAGAUGGUGAAAGAGGCCAUUGUUACGCAAGCUGAGAACUUUGUGGACCGGCCGUACAAUGCAGUCGCUGACAGGUUUUACGAUGAGCCCUCAGUUGGUCUAUUCUUGAGCAACGGUGAAAAAUGGAAGAGACAGCGACGUUUUGCUUUGGCUACCUUACGUAACUUUGGUCUGGGGAAGAACAUGCUGGAGCUCAGCAUCUGUGAGGAGAUCCGACACCUGCAGGAGGAAAUAGAGAGUGAGAAAGGUAAACUUUUCAGCCCUGCCGGCCUCUUCAACAACGCUGUGUCCAACAUCAUCUGCCAGCUUGUCAUGGGGAAAAGAUACGACUACACUGACCACAAGUUUCAGACGAUGCUGAAGUACAUGUCUGAGGUGAUUUGGCUGGAGGGGAGCAUUUGGGGCGAACUCUAUCAGGCAUUCCCCAGCGUGAUGAAAUAUUUGCCAGGUCCUCACAACAAAAUCUUCAAGAUUUACACCAGCAUACAAGAUUUCCUUCAUGAGGAAAUACAAGAGCACAAGAAGGAUUUGGACCACAACAACCCUAGAGACUACAUUGACUCUUUUCUCAUUGAGAUGGAGAACCAAAAAGACUCCAACCUGGGCUUCACAGAGAGCAACCUGGCUUUCUGCUCUCUUGACCUCUUCCUAGCAGGAACAGAAACAACAGCGACCACGCUGCUGUGGGCUUUGAUUUUCCUAAUUAAAAAUCCCGAUGUCCAAGAGAAAGUCCAGGCAGAGAUUGAUAAAGUGAUCGGACAGAGUCGCCAGCCCUCCAUGGCCGACAGACAGAACCUGCCGUACACUGAUGCUGUGAUCCAUGAGAUCCAGAGGAUGGGGAACAUUGUUCCACUGAACGGAUUCAGGGUCGCUGCCAAGGAUACAACUCUGGGUGGUUACUUCAUACCAAAGGGAACAUCUGUGAUGCCCAUGUUGACAUCCGUCCUGUUUGACAAAACUGAAUGGGAAACUCCAGACACCUUCAAUCCCGGACACUUCCUGGAUGCCAAUGGGAAGUUUGUGAAGAAAGAAGCAUUCCUCCCGUUCUCUGCAGGAAAACGUGUGUGUCUUGGUGAAGGCCUCGCUAAGAUGGAGCUGUUCCUGUUUUUGGUCGCCUUACUGCAGAAAUUUUCUUUCUCUGUUCCUGAUGGAGUUGAGCUGAGCACUGAAGGAAUCACCGGAGCGACGCGCGUACCUCACCCCUUCAAAGUGUCCGCUAAGGCUCGCUGACAGAUCCGCCAUUACUGUUUGUUCUCAAGAGAAGAAUAAGUACAAUGUAGAAAAAGCUCUUAGACGUCUUAGCAGUGCUUCUUGUUCGGCAAGACUCUGAUUGUAUGCAUCUCUACUUUAUAAUCUGGGUGAUGGUUUUACGUAACAAUAUGUGUUAUUAGCAAACAAUGCAACAUACUGUGACCUGCUGACUCCUACUGGGAGUUCAGGAGCAAGAAAUCCUAGAUGGCAGACAAAAAACAAUUCACAAGACAUUAAAAUACUCCAGUUGAUUACAAAAUAAGACAACUUAUCAAAUUGUGAAGUAAAGAUUUACAAGCAUGUAAUUCGAUAUGUUUCCCACUGUGUUGAAUUAAUAAAGCAGAAAGAUGAAACGUC